AUGUCACGUCCGGCGGGGCGGCGUUGGGAGAUGGCGGCUGAGCGAGCGGGAGGUAGCGGCUCUGGGCUUGGGGAGGGAGCGGCCGAUUCGGGGCCCGGCGCCGGCGGCACCGACCAGCUGCACCAGGACAACCCGCUGCUUAACCUUCCCAUCGUCGCCAUCGACUCCAUCCUCGGGCUGAUGGCUUAUGACGAGAUUAGCGGUCUGCGGCUGGUAUGCAAGCGGAUGGACGCAAUCUGCCAACGUCUGCUGAACCAGGGCUUCCUGAAGGUCGAGAGGUAUCACAGCCUGUGUCAGAAACAGGUCAAAGCCCAGCUUCCUCGUCGGGAAUCGGAGCGCAGAAACCACUCACUGGCACGCCACGCGGACAUCUUGGCAGCGGUGGAGACCAGGCUGUCCCUCCUGAACAUGACCUUCAUGAAAUAUGUCGACACCAAUCUCUGCUGCUUCAUUCCAGGCAAGGUGAUAGAUGAGAUUUACCGGGUUCUGAGGUACGUGAAUUCCACCCGGUCCCCACAGCGAGCCCACGAAGUUCUGCAGGAACUGCGCGACAUCUCCUCCAUGGCUAUGGAAUACUUUGAUGAAAAAAUUGUCCCCAUCCUGAAGAAGAAACUGAGUAAUUCAGACAUGUCGGGUCGCCUGCUGGGAGUGGCACCAGUCCCCGGACCAUCCACUGCCCUGACAGCCGUACAGCUCUUCUCUAAGCAAAACCCAGCUCGACAGGAACUCGGCAAGCUGCAGCAGCAGGUGAAAGCACAGGGGCUGAACGUGACCACCACCCGCCGCGAGGUGUCAGAGAUCCGGGUCAAGUUGCAGGAGCAGCUCAAGCAGCUGCAGGACCAGGACCAGAAGAUCCUGGAGCAGAACCAGAUCAUCGGGGAGCAGAAUGCCCGACUGGCCGAACUGGACCGUAAGCUGGGCGAGCACGCCCUCAAGCACCAGCAGAGCGAGCAGAAGAUUAAGGACCUGCAGGAGCUGCUGGAGCAGGUCAUUGCCACCAGGGCAAGGGGCGGACAGUUGCCCAGCGGGCAGAAACGCAAGAACGGCUCGCCUGAGGGCAGUAACAAGCGUCUUCGGAGCCGGAAGUGAGCCGGCGCUCCAGUGGUUUAUUGUUCCCGUGUCUAUCUGUCAGUGUGUGUGUGCAGGCGUGGAGUACAGCAUGACAUCUUGCAGGUCAGGAGGGCGGCUCAGUGUUGUGGGGUGGGGAGUGGGACCCAGCCUGCCCCGGUCACUGGCAUCACGUGGAUGGGGCACAGAAGGACUGACUGGUCACCGAGGGGAGAGUUAAACCAGGUGCUCAGCUCAGUCCUGGGUUCCUCUGCACUCCUGCGUAAUGGGAAAAUUAAACCCUGCCCUUGCCUGUUCCCACCAACAGUUGUUUUGGUUCAUCUUCUAGUCUUGGGUAGCAGGGUUAAAUUCUGCCGUCCUCUUGAUCUUGGGUAAUGGAGAGUUAAACUCAUUCCUCUUCUCUCUCCCCCCCCCACCCCCAAUCCAACUAGACACUGGGUAACAUUAGGGUUAAGCUGUCCUGCACUCAGUCCUGGGUAAUGGAGGGUUAACAUAUUCCCUCCCCUGUCUAGUAACAGGGUUAAAACAGCCCAUUCUUUUGUCCUCGAUAAUGGGGGGGGGGGGUAAUCUCUCCCCCUCCUCCCAUUCCCCCUGCCCGGUGCAUUUGAUCCCGGAUAACAGAGAGUUAAAUUCCAUACCCUACUCAGUCCUGGGUACUAGAGGGUUAAACUGUUUCCCUCUGUCCCACUGACAGGGUUUAAUUGUCCCAUCCCUUGGCCCCUUGUAACAGAGAACAGAGUUAUACCCUCCCUCUCACUGGAUCCCAGGCAGUUAAUGAGGGUUAAACUCCAAACCCCCACCGGUCCUCGUGCCAAGCAGCGGGUCAUUGACCAUUUCUGGGUCCUGAGUCAUAAAUGCUCUCACUCUUCUAAGUCACUCAUCCUAGAUAAUGGAGAGUUAGACCAGCUCCUUUUGAGGUCUGGGGUCACAAGGGUUAAACUUUAUUCUGCUUCCUGCGUUGUGUACUGUAGAUUGAAUUCCGAUUGUACCCCAGUGCUGAAUGAGAGUUCCAGGGUAACAGAGUUUGACCCUCCUCCCGAACCAGGUAGAGGAGAGUUAGAUGUCUGGCUGACCCACAUUCCCCAGCAGGGCCGAGCGGAUAAGCUGCAGAUCUGGGGGGAGCUGCUGGUGGCUUCUCACCAGAGGCUGGAGCUCACGGCCUGACGGUAGAGUGCCUCCAAAGUUUCCCCUCCCGUGCCGUGCACAGCCCAGGGACAGGCACUGGUCGGGACCUUGCGUUCACACGGUUACCACUGGGGUGUGGGGUGGUUGAGCUGCACAGCCUCUGGAAUGGUAAAGCAGUCAUCACUGAGCUUAAGGGAAGGUCGGAAUGGGGAAAGGGCAGACAGAAAGUGACACGCCCUAUAUAGCCCCCAGGGUACGGGAGUGAGUGGAGCCUGGAACCUUCGUGCCAGUGGCCGACGGGGGCUGGUCCAAGUGUGGGGCUGUCCUGUUGAGAGCACAGACCUGGGGAGGAUCUCCCGCCUUCCUUGUAUCAUUCGAGCCUCGGGCUCCAACACCACUGACCACUGCUGAUAGGUUGGAGCUACUCUGUCCCCUCCACCCCUUUUUCACCACGCUCCUGUGCAGACUGUUGGGACCAUGGCAGUUUCAAGUCAUCUGGCCUCUUCUGAGGGAACUGGAUUCCAUCCUGCACUCAGCCCCUCGAAGCCGGCACCAUGAACACAGUUGAUGUUGGUGAACAACAGGCUCUUUGUCUUUCCACUCGGCAACCUUUCUCUUGUCCACCUCCUCACUCUGAGAGGGACCAUAAUUAACCCACAUUAAUUUGAGUCAAGUUUCCUCUCCUGUCUGUGUUUUGGCCUGAUCAUCACUCAUCAUCCCAUCAGCAGGUUAGAGGACUGUGAGAGGAACAUAAUUGCUGCUUGUGUGAUAAUUUCCCCCUCAAAGUCUAUGACAUUGUGGUAUUGUCUCAAGACUUCUCGAGCUUCCCAUGUGCACCCGUCUCUUAUUGAGGUAUAAUACCACUGAACUCAAUACAUUAAUCAGGAGAGUGAGCUUUGGGGAAGUUUCCAUUGGUGUCAGGAGGGUCCUGAACGUCUAGUGUCACUUGUACAGAUGUCUUGCUGUUGUGCUGUAAUGUAACUGAACCUCAUUCACACAUAACCUCCUCCCUGACCUCUAGGCAACUGGGAAGCUGCAUUCACGACUUCCACCAUUUGGUGAUGGAAUUGGGGUGCCACAGGCGUCAAUGGCUUGGUGGGGUGGGUUUUGGUAUGACCCGGAACGAGCCAUCUCAACCAUUCAUCUGCUUCCUGACCACAAACCUUGGGGAGGUUGUGCCUCAGGACGGAGCAUUGGCCUUGGCUGUGGUGAUCCCACGGAGCCAUCGUCGGCUGUGAGAUGGAAGUCCCUGACGUUGGAACGUUGGUGGUGGUCCGCCUGUGUAGGAGGUGGGAAAUACCUCACCACCGGGGAGGGUGCAGCACGUCCCGCGAUGUUUGGGAUCUUCUGAUGAAAGUAACUUGAUAUGCAGGGAAGGGUUGUCUGUAAGGUGAGACUGUACACUGCUGUUAUAUCAUACAGCAAUGGUUAACUCUUUAAUGGUUGUUGUCAGCUGAAAAACAAGUAAUCUUUAAAAAAAAACGCAGCCCACUGUGUCCAUGGUGGGUGGAGUUGUUUUUUCCAUUUGUGUCUCAAGUGUUGGUCCUCCAAUGGGCUGCUCUGUCCUCUGCUGUUGAAUCAUACCUCCCAAAAAUAGGAGCUUCAGCACAGCUGGUUUAUGCUGACCAGAUUCCCAUCUCAGUUUGGCCCACUUCUCUAAACCCUUCCUUUCCUAUCCACAUGCCUUUCCAAUGUUGUUAAUGUCCCUGCUUCAACCACUCCCUCAGGCAGUUCGUUCCACAUACAGACCAUGUUCUGGAUGAAAACAUUGCCCCUCAUAUUCCUAUUCCUAAUCCCUCCCCCUCUCAGCCCUCUCGUGCUUUAUUUGCCAACGCUGGGACAAAGACAGCGUGCAUUCCCCCAAUAUAUGCUCCUGUUUACACCUCUCUAUAAGAUUGCUCCUCAUUCUCCUAUGUCCAGACUUGUUCAGCCUCUCUCUGUUACCCUUGAGUCCUGGCAACAUCCUUUCUAAUGCCCUCUGUGAGCUGGUCUGUCCUGCACCCGGUGUGACUGGGGGAGGGAGGUUACCUGGAGUUGACCUGAGCCAGUAACCCCAAGCUCAGGUUGGAGCUCUCCACACCUCCUGUGGGGUUCUACCUGGGCCGCAGAAUCUAGUGUCUUGUUAUCGGAUUGAUUCCAAUUGUACAGCACCUUCCCAUUUCCCCAGUUCGGGAAGGUUCCCCUGGAUCUGCCCUCCACUGCAGACUGCUCCCUGUCUAACUGUUGAGAUGGCUGAUGGGGUCUCCGUGCAGCCCAGAGGGCAGGCAGGACAGGUGGGUAGUGUGUAUGGUCGUCUGCUCCACAUGCUGCCGACAAAUGAACUGGAGGGUCUCUGCCAUCUGGGUGCCUGUCCUCCAUUUUGAGUGGCCAUGUACCGGAGGUUGCGAGGAUUUGGUGGGGAUGGGAUAAUUAUCACAUGGACAUGGUCAUUCGUUGUGUAGCAUACUGUCAGUGUCUCUCAGUUGCACCACCACUCAGUGUCGUCAUGGUUUGGCUCUUUGCAAAUCCAGUUCCCCUCAGCACCACUGCCGCAUGGGUUGGAGCUGCGGUACCAAUAACGACAAACGGCCCCAGUUACAGAACGGUGGGACACUCUGCUGGAAAGAGUUGGGCAGAGUCUCUCGUACCCAGAGGAGGCUCCCUGUGGAGAUUCUAGGAUAAACAGUGCCAUCAGCAGGCGGAGUUCCUGAUUGUUAGUGUGGAUGUGUGUCAAAUGAAGCAGCAGGAAGUGAUGGGUACAGGAUUUAACUAAGUAAGGACAGGAACUGGCCCUUUGGCCCACUGUUGUGUCAGACUACUUAAACCAGUAACUAAACUCAGCCCACUGCCUGCACAAUUUCCAUGACCUAUCAUACUUGCAUCCACCACUGUAGCUGGCAGUGCAUUCCAGGCAAUCACCACUCUGUUAAACAAAGCAUGCCCUACAAUUCUCCAUUAAACACAGCCCCACCCCCAGAUCACCUUAAAUUCACACCCUCUCCUACAGGGCAUUCUGACCCUGGGGAAGAAGACUUCUGUCAGCUCUCUGAGCUUCUGCCACUCCAGAAAACCAGCAACCAUACUUUGUCCAACCUCCUUGUGGCAUCUACUCUAAUCCAGACAGCAUGUUGGCAUACCUCUUCUGCAUCCUCUCCAAAGCCUCCACACCUUUCCGACAAUGGUGCGUUCAUAAUUGAUUGCAAUACAGUACUCCAAUGUGCAGCACCUCACCCUUGGCAAAAUUAAACAACACAUGCCUUAUCUCCACUUGAACUUGCAACUGGUCUAUAUCCCACUGUAUCCUUUGACAAUCCUAGAUUAUCCACACCACCCACUUAAAAAGCCAUCCAUCCACAUUUUCAUCCAGGUCAGUUGUACAGUGGAGGUCCCAGUGGAAUACCAUUGGUUAUGGAUCUCCAGCCAGAGUAAGUCCCAUUGACCACUAUCCUCUUGCUUCUAUUGACAGAUCAAUUCUGAAUCUAAAUGGCCAGUUCACUGUGGGUCCCAUGCAUCCUAAGGAGCUCUGUGGCACAGAAACAGGCCUUUUGGCCAAUCUCGUCAAUAUCAUACUAUUCUGCCUUGUCCCCACUGACCUGCAACCAGACCAUACCUCUCCACAUCAGGUACUUAUCCAAACUUAUUAACAUGAAAUUGAACCUGCGUCCAAGACUUUGGCAGCUUGUUCCACGCUUCACCUUUCACCCUUAACCUAUGACCUCUAGUUCUAAUCUCACCCAACCUCAUUGAAAAAAGCCUGCUUGCAUUUACCCUAUGUACACCUCUUAUAAUUGAUUUAUAAUCUCAGUCUUAACUUUGAUGAGCUUCCCAUAAGGGACCUUGUCACAUGCCUUAUUAGGUGCUGCCCAGACCUCUAUCUGCAUCACUUCCCCCAAAGCUAAUGACUUUUCCUGCACAGAGAGUAGUGUGAAAAACUGAGAGUCCUGUGUUCAGGGUCACUGUACACACUGACAUCCAAAUGCAAGUUUCCAUUCUGUGCCUUCCCUAGCUGGGGGUGACGUGUUGGUGACUGACAACUAAUCACUCUACUGACUGCUGAUAGACAGCUUUUGUUCUCCUGUUCUGGCAGAUCGUGAGAGGGCAGGGAGGAGAGCUUAUAGGUACAUGGGGAGUGAUUCCAAGGUGAGCAACUGCAAAGUGGAGGAAGGCAAGGGGAGAAUUGGGAUAGAAGAAAGGAGAGUUGAGUGAAGGGGCAGGAGGACCACGGCAAGGUACAUUGGUGCAGGACUAGGCUGCCUUGAAUAGCUCCUCUGACCAUGAAUAUUGCAGCUGACUCCCACCUUCCUACUCUGCGCUGUCACCAUAUCUGUUAACUAUCCAGAAAUCUGUUGACCCAUGUACUGAAGAGCCUGUUCCUGUUACUUGUUCGGACACUCUUCAGCCAGGAGAACCAUUCCCUACAUCCAUUCAGAGAUCCUUAAUUCCUCCAAAUUUCACUGGCCAAGAGCCCUCAAACUACAGCCCAGAUAGCGAUCAGUGUUGUGCUGGUUGAUUUAGGAUUGAAUAGCUGAAGCUGCCCUUGAAACUAGAGGCAUGGGACUUCAGGCUUCUCGACCUCCUGCAAGAAGUUAAGGUGUCCCAGAGAGAGUGAAUCUUUAGAUGUUGCCUUCUGGUAGAUACAUGAUGGUGCCAAAGGCUGUGCACAUAAUGGGUUGAAUCUGCUACAUCGCACGCCAACAGUAGUGUUGCUAAGUAGAUUUGCUUACUGAUAACCUUGUGCCAGUUGGUGUAGUGUCAGGACCACUCGGUUCUAGAUGUUGUCACAGAGCCUGGGUCCAGUCAUGGACUGAAGAGCACAAGUUCCUUGAAGGUGACUGUGACUGAAAUGGGAGCCCCAGUUAACCAGGAAGGUAGUAGGCACCAAAGGCCAUUAGUAGGCUUCCUAAUGGUUGUACCUCACACCACAGAAAAUGGCUGUUUCAGAGGUUGACCUCGGCAGCAGCUCACUGAGCAGUGUUCUUGGCCCAGCCAUCUUCAGCUGUUCCAUCAACAAUCGUCCGAUCAUCAGAGUCAGACGUGGGAAUGGUCACCUGAUGACUGCGGUGUUCAAUGUCUGCAUACAACAAGACCCAGGCAACUUCAAACGUGGCUUAUAAGAGCCAAAUGCACAGACAGCACAGAGAGGUACUAGGCAAUAACCAGAGAACAGUACAACACAGGAACAGACCCUUCACCCUACUACAUCAGUACUGACCAUUAUAUUGAUCUCAUCUCUGCUGCCUGCACUUGGCCCAAAUCCUUCCAUUACUUACUUGUUCAUGUGUCUUAUCUAAAUGCUUCAAACAUUGCUAUUGCAUCUAUUUCUACCACCUCUGCUGGCGGUACAUCCAUCCUCUGUGUAAAACAACAACUUGUCUCGUAAUCUCAUUGAAACUUUCCACUUCUCAUUAGUUAUGUCCUCUAAGUGACUUUUUCACCUUGGAGAAAAUGAUUCUAUCUACCCGAUUGAUGCUUCUCAAAAUAUUAAAUUCUAUCAGAUCACCGCUCACGCUCUGACAUUCCAGAAAAGUAAUAAAGUAAGCCAUAGGGGCAGAAUUAGGCCAUUUGGCCCAUCAAGUCUGCUCUGCCAUUCCAUCCUAUUAUCCCUCAUUCCAUUGCCUUCUCCCCACAACCUUUGAAGCCCUGAUUAAUCAAGAACCAAUCAACUUCAGCUUUAAAUAUACUAAAUGACAUGGUAAUGAACUUCACACAUUCACCACCCUCUAGCUAAGGAAAUUCCUCCUCAUCUAAAUGGACGUCCUUUAUUCUGUGGCUGUGCCCUCUGAUUCUACACUCAUCCACUAUCUAGGCUUUCAACAUUAAAUGGGCUUCAAUAAGAUUCCCCUCAUUCUUCUAAACUCCAGCUAGUACGGGACUGGAGGCAUCAAACACUCCUCGUGUUAACCCUUCCAUUUCCAGAAUAAUUCUCAUGAAUUUCCUCUGGACCUUCAAUGCCAGUGCAUCCUUUCUUGGGUAAAGGGCUGAAAAAAAAGCUCAGUGUGGCCUGACCAAAGCCUCAGCAUUACAUACUUGCUCUUUUAUUCUAGUCCUUCCAAAAAUGAAUGCUAACAUUGCAUUUGCCUUCCUUACCACUGAUUCAACCUGCAAGCUAACCUUUAGGGAAUCCUGCACAACAACACCCAAGUCCCUUUGUAUCUCUGAUUUUGAAUUUUUUCCCCUACUUAGAAAAUAUUCUGUGCCUUUAUACCUUCUACCAAAAUGCAUGACCAAAAUACUUCCUACUCUAUUCCAUCUGCCACUGUAUUGCCCAUUCUCCCAAUCUAAGUCCUUCUGCAGACUCUCUGUCUCCUCAACACUACUUACCCCUCCAGCUAUUUUCGUAUCGUCCUCAAACAAAGCCAUCAAUUCUAUCAUCCAAAUCAUUGACAUAUAACGUGAAAAGAAGCAGUCCCAACACUGACCUCUUCAAAACAUCACUAGUCACCAGCAGGCAACCAGAAAAGGCCACCUUUAUUCCCACUCUUUGCCUUCUGCCAGUUAGCCAACUUUCCAUCCCAGCUAGUAUCUUUCCUGUAAUACCAUGGGUUCAUCUCUUAAGCAGCAUCUUGUUGAAGGUCUUAUGAAAAUCCAAGAAAGCAACAUCCACUGACUCUCCUUUGUCUAUCUGCAUGUUACUUCCUCAAAUAAUUCCCAACUGAUUUGUCAGGAAAGAUAUCCCUUCAAGGAAAUUAUGCUGACUUUGACCUAUUUUAUGUGCCACCAAGUACCCCACAACCUCAUCCUUCCCAAUGCAAGCUUAUCCAACCUCUCCCAAACCAGGUGACAUUGUGGUGAACCUCUUCUGCACCUUCUUCAAAGCCUCUACAUCCUUCCUUUAAUGCAUUGACCAGAACUAAAUCCAAAUAUAACCUGUCCCAAGUUUUAUACAGCUACAACAUGAUUUGCCUGCUUUUACACUCAGUGCCUUAACUGAUGAAGGCAAAUAUCAUUGGAAAUGAAUACAUUCUUUAAAAAUCUCCAGAUUGGUACAUUACCCCCAAAUCCAAGUACUAUAUGCUUUACUGACCCGUAUGGGACUUCAUUAAAAGUCUUACCAUUUGCUACAAUCUGCUGAUUUCCCCUUAUCCAUUCUCCCAGUAACAUCUACAGACAAGUCCAGUUGUCAAGAAUGCCACUGACUGCUAAAUCCUACUGUCCCGUAUUUGCACCCUUCAAUGCAGAUUCCAGCCCUCUCCCAACUACCAGUGUCUGGCUCAGAUGUUCCAAGAGUUCUCUCACCCUUCUUAAAAAGCAAUAUCAGAUUUGUCGUUCUGCUGUGAAGGAAACAUUGUGGAAUCUAUAGAAUGUUAAAAGGUAACCUGUGCACAGAUACACAUUUCUGGGAUGUAUAUAUCAUUGAGUACUUGGAGAGCAAUGGCUUUUAAUCUCACUGUUCAUUACAAAUUUUCUUAAAUUCCUUAUCUUCAGCAGAAGUCUGAAAUUUCGGUGGAAUUGUAAUGUUGUCUUCUGUGAAUUCGCCAGGUAACUGACCAAUAUUACAACUGCCAAUAGACUGAUAAGCAACUCCACCAAGGCGUUCUGUUUGAAAUCAGUGAUUUGAACGUGGGAAGUUGGAACUAGAGUAGGUCACCUGCUCUUGCUUUUCAUCUACCUCAGUGUUUUCCACUAAGAUUCCUCAUUCACUUCUAUGCCUUUGGUUUUAGUGCCAACUACAAAUGUCAUUGUACAUGGUUUAUACAUUCUUAACCAGAUGUUUGAAAUAGAUGACAAUGGGACUAGUACUGACCCAAGGCACACCACUGGUCAUGGGCCUCCAGUCCUUUCACCAUCACCCUUUGUUUCCUGCCAUCGAGCCAAUCGUAUAUCCAGAAGCACUAACUCCCUCUUACCCUCUUAACUUCUUUUCCUUAGAUUUUAAACUAAUUGAAUUAGAUACAAAAUUGUUAUCAUAUUCUGAUCAUUUUAACCUGAUGGCCCUUUCCAACAAGGUUGUUAAUCCUUUCUCUUAACAAUACUGUAUAUAAAAUGGUCUUUUCUUCCCUUUUGUUGUUCGAAAGGUUAAUCUUAGAAAAGUACUUGCUUUCUUGAAUUUUUCCACCAAUUAAACAUGCCGGGUCUGUAUGUGAUAGACCUCACAACACCAAGUUUUACCAGUUACACCAUGCUCAAUUUUAUAACUGCUUUUUGUUGACCUGUAAAUAAUUCCCACUAAUAUUUCCUGCUCUUUUGGCUUCACCCAAGCUAUCGGAACAGGAGCUGGCAAUACAAUCCUUCAAACAUUCUUGACAUUCCUGCAGAUCAUUCAAUAUCAACUUCUAUUUUGAACAAACAUGGGCAUACAGCAGAAUGCAGAUCAGCUGGAGAGUUGGGUGGGUGGAGCAGUGGUAAAUGAAAUGUAAUCUGGAUAAGAGUGAGGGAAUGCACUUGGAGAAGUGAAAUUCUGGUAGGACAUGUACAGUAUGUAAAUAGUAGAGGCCUUAGUAGUGUUGGUUUUGGGAUGCAAGCCCACAUCUCACUGACAGUGGCAACACAGGUAAAUAAGGUUAUGAAGAAGGGCUGUAGUUAAAGAGAUCAGACAGAUCGGGACUAUUCUCUUUGGAAAUUAUCCAAGGGGUGACUUUAUAGACGUUUAUAAAAUUGAGGGGCUUAGAUAAAAUAGACAAGUCUUUUCCCUAGGGGAGUCUAGAACUGGCGGGCACAGGUUUAAGGCAAAAGCACAGAAAUUUAAAUAGGAUCUGAGAGACUAACAUUUCACACACAGGAUGGUGCAAUAAUGGAACACGCAGCCAAAGGAGAUGGUGGGGGCAACACUGUUUGGAAAAAACCGGCAUAAUGGGAUAUGGGUCUAAUUCGGACAAAUGAGAUUAGACAGCUAUCACAGUGAGCGUGCUUGAGGUAGAUCAGCUGGAUUUCAACAAUUACAAUAGCAGUCAAUACAAUUUACUUCAAUGUUUGGGAAAUGGUUGUAUUGAGUUAGAUAUUUACAAUGGGAACACUUUUUUAAAACUAUCAAUACACUUCUGAAUGUUCAAACACCUUGUCUGGGACAAAGUAAUUCACAUGAGUGGUCCGAAAGACAGGACAGAACCCAGAGGCUAUUAAAUCUGUGUUGUGAGGGCAGACUCUCUGGCUAUAGAAAUAUCCCAAUUUUUCAUUGGCAGAACAAUUAUGCCUGUGACCAUGUUUGAUAAGUUGUUGUGGGAGCUUCCUUGAUAUAUGUCACAAUUAUUGAAGGUAUCCAAUGCCUGGUUUAGUGAAAGCUGAUUAACAUAACCCAUUGUUUUACAUUUGGUUCACACAUGUGAAAAUGUUUGUUAUAAACCAGCUCUCUGAGCAGCCGGCCUCCUACUGUGGGCCAGUGUUCUCUCAACAGUCUACACUCCAGUUUUGUCUUCCUUCAUUUAUCAAUUUCUUAGCUUUUGCUGAGUUCCUCUCAUGUUCAUAGUGUCUUCUAGUUAGGUUCAAGGUGUUGGUUUUGUAGUGACCUGCAUCAAUUUGAAACUCGAUGUCUAACCCUUUCUUCUCCAAAGGUCUUCAACAAGGUUAUCAAUUUAGCCUUUCUCAUUACACAGACAUCCAGGUUAAUCAUUCCCCAAGUUGGUUUCUCAAAAUGUUAAUCUGCAAAAUCUCAAAUGUGUUCCAUGCAUUCAUCUUAGAAACAUAGAAAACCUACAGCACAAUACAGGCCCUUCAGCCCACAAUGCUGUGCAGAACAUAUAUAGUAUUUACUUUAGAAAUUACCUAGGGUUACCCAUCGCCCUCUAUUUUUCAAAGCUCCAUGUACCUGUCCAGGAGCCUCUUAAUAAACCCUAUUGUAUCUGCUUCCACCACAGUCGCCAACAGCCCAUUCCACGCACUCACCACUCUGUGUUUAAAAAAAACACCACGCACACAACUUAGCCCUGACAUCUCUGUACCUACUUCCAAGCACCUUAAAACUAUGCCCCCUCGUGUUAGCCAUUUCAGCCCUGGGAAAAAGCCUCCGACUAUCCACACAAACAAUGCCUCUCAUCAUCUUAUACAUCUCUAUCAGGUCACCUCUCAUCCUCCGUCGCUCCAAGGAGAAAAGGCAAAGUUCACUCAAUCUAUUCUCGUAAGGCAUGCUCUCCAAUCCAGGCAUCUUCCUGCUUAUUAUGACAAGUUUUUGUUGUCCUAUCUCUGUAUGGGUGACUGUCACCUUGUAUUAUUGUGUUAUCCUUUUAAUUGCUUCUUCUAUUUCUUGCUUUACACUCGUCACUUCUGUGUGGUCUAUAAACUCAGUAAGUCGUACCUGUGUAGUAUGACUUCCUGAGUUUUAUACACAACACCCCGAUGUGUAGGACACAGGAAUUGAAUUGGACUGUUCAGCCCAUCGAUUCUGCUCCACCAUUCCAUCGUGGCUGAUUCAUUUUUCCUCUGAACCCCAUUCUCCUGCCUUCUGCCCAUAACCCUUGACGCCCUGACUAAUCAAAAACCUAUCAAAUUCAGCUUUAAAUAUACUCAAUGACUUGCCCUCCACAGCCGUCUGUGGAAAUGAAUUCCACAGAUUUGCUAGCCUCUUACUAAAGAAUUUCCUCCUCAACUUCGUUUUAAAUGGAGUUCCCUCUUUUCUGAGGCUGUUCCCUCUGAUCCUAUGGGAAGCAUCCUCUUGAUAUCAUCUCCCUGUCAAUAUUCAAUUGGUUUCAAUGAGAUCCCCCUCAUUCUCCUGAAGUCCAGCAUCUCCCAAUCUGUCUAAGUCCUUCUGCAGACUCCCUGCUUCCUCAACACCACCUGGCCCUCCACCUAUCUUUGUGUCAUCCACAAACAUGACCACAAAACCAUCAAAUAUCAUCCAAGUCACUGAGAUAUAACGUGAAAAGAAGCAGUCCCGGCAGCAACCUCUGCAAACACCACUAGUCACUGGCAGUGAACCAGAAAAGGCUGUCUUUACUCCCAUUCUUUGCCUCUUGCUAGUCAACCAGUUUUCUAUCCAUGUUCGUAUCUUCCCUGUAAUACCAUUGUUUCUUAUCUUGUUAAGCAGCCUCGGGUGUGGCACCUUGUCGAAGGACUUCUGAAACUCCAAGUAAAAAACAUCCAAUGACUUCCCUGUUAGUUCUUCAGAAUUCCAACAGAUUGUCAGGCAGGAUUUCCCCCCAGGAAAUUUGCUGACCUUGGCCUAUUUUAUCAUGUGACCCCAUGACCUCAUCCUUAAUAAUGGACUCCAACGUCUUCCCAAUGCAAGUUUAUCUAAUCUCUCCUAAUACCCCUUCUAUAGGAAACAUCCCCUCCAUCUGGACUUCAAUAGGUUUCAAUGAGACAUCACACUGCCCCCUCCCCCCACAAUUCUAAAUUCCAGUAUGUGCAGGCCUAGAGCCAUCAAAUGUUCCUAGUUUGGUCUCCAAAUUUGAGGAAGGACAUUCUUGCUAUUGAGGGAGUGCAGCGCAGGUUCACAGGGUUAAUUCCCGGGAUGGCGGGACUGUCAUAUGUUGAAAGAUUGGAGUGACUGGGCUUGUAUACUCUGGAAUUUAGAAGGCUGAGAGGGGAUUUGAUUGAAACAUAUAAGAUUAUUAAGGGAUUGGACAAGCUGGAGGCAGGAAGCAUGUUCCCGCUGAUAGGUGAGUCCAGAACCAGAGGCCACAGUUUAAGAAUGAGGGGUAGGCCAUUUAGAACGGAGUUGAGGAAAAACUUUUUCACCCAGAGAGUGGUAGAUAAGUUUAGCUAAGAUAGACUGGCAAAUGACACUUAAAGGAUUGACGGUGGAUAUGCAAUGGCAAGCAUUUAAAGGUUGCAUGGAUGAACUACAACAAUUGUUCAUCCCAGUUUGGCAAAGGAAUAAAUCAAGGAAGGUAGUGCACCCGUGGCUGACAAGAGAAAUUAGGGAUAGUAUCAAUUCCAAAGAAGAAGCAUACAAAUUAGCCAGAGAAAGUGGCUCACCUGAGGACUGGGAGAAAUUCAGAGUUCAGCAGAGGAGGACAAAGGGCUUAAUUAGGAAGGGGAAAAAAGAUUAUGAGAGAAAACUGGCAGGGAACAUAAAAACGGACUGUAAAAGCUUUUAUAGAUAUGUGAAAAGAAGAAGAUUGGUUAAGACAAAUGUAGGUCCCUUACAGUCAGAAACAGAUGAAUUGAUCAUGGGGAACAAGGACAUGGCAGACCAAUUGAAUAGUUACUUUAGUUCUGUCUUCACUAAGGAGGACAUAAAUAAUCUUCCAGAAAUAGUAAGGGACAGAGGGUCCAGUGGGAUGGAGGAACUGAGUGAAAUACAUGUUAGUAGGGAAGUGGUGUUAGGUAAAUUGAAGGGAUUGAAG